AAUCCAAGUCAGUGUUAGAGAAUCUCUCACGCAAACAAUGCGCUUUGACAAUAGUGGUGAUAAAAUAGCAAUAAAUGUUUGAUGUGUUACUUACGUGUGAUGCCGGAUCCUCGAGGCUGUGACGGAGCAGAAAUUGUGGCUCGACAAUUAGUCGCAUGGAGGAACAAGUAGAUGUGAUGACGACAAGUUAUAUCGCAUGGACCGAAAUGCUUUCAUCGUCACACCCUCGAUGACACGGCGUGACGGCUGGCAACCGGACAUCCAACAUGGCGAACGUCACAGACGCAUUUUGUGUACCAGGCGCCACAAACUUUAACAAGGCUUAUAGCCGGUUACACGGCUACAUUGCUUUGGUCAUCUGCGUUGUCGGAUCGGCCACGAACUCUAUCAACAUUGCAGUACUCAGUCGCCGCGAGAUGACCAGCUCCACUAACUCCAUCCUCACCGGCCUCGCCUUUGCAGAUCUAUUGGUCAUGCUCGAAUACAUACCUUACGUGAUACACAUGAAUAUCAAAAUUGGCCCCCAAAUCAAUCAGAAUACCUACACGUGGGCAGUUUUUGUCUAUUUCCAUUCCAUCUUCAGUCAGACUUUCCACACAAUAUCGAUCUGGUUAACAGUUACGCUUGCAGUGUGGAGGUAUGUGGCUAUCGCUUACCCUCAAAAGAACCGGACUUGGUGUAGCAAGAAAAAUACUACAACAGCUAUAGUGAGCGCGUAUGUGAUUUGCCCAUUUCUUUGUCUUCCUAUUUAUUUCGCAAUGAAUAUAGUGCCAAGUGAAGUGACGCAACACAACAAUUCCGAGUUCGCAGAGGACUUGGCUCUGCCAGAAAAUCGGACCGUUUACGUGUUAGAAAUGUCUAAGAACGUAGAAUUCGUUACAGCCGUUAUGUGGAUAUACAGUGUAAUAUUAAAACUCGUACCUAGUAUAGCGUUGUCAAUUCUAAGUUUGUGUCUAAUUUCAAAAUUGACUAUCACGGAAAGAAGACGGCAGAUACUUUUGAAACGUUCAACUGUGGGACCAAACGAGGCUGAGAAGCAGUGCCUCGCUGAAGAGCCGUGCGCGCGGCGCUCGAGCCGCACGGACCGGACAACGCGGAUGCUGCUGGCGGUGUUAGGCCUGUUCCUCUCCACAGAGGUGCCUCAGGGCCUCCUGGGUCUAGCCAGUGCUCUCGCGCCCGACUUCUUCACUCACUGUUAUGGAAUGUUCGGCGACCUCAUGGACGUCCUGGCCCUGUUCACAUCAUCGGUGAACUUCGUGCUGUACUGCAGCAUGAGCAGACAGUUCCGCUGCACGUUCGCACGCCUCGUGCGUCGCAUGCUCUCUACGCCCGAAGAACCGAACAAGUUCGCCACCAAACUAGAACCGACCACGCAGGUGACCGGGCCGCUAUAGCGACAAAGUCCCGCCCUCAUAAGGGUGGUCGAGGAGAGCGUUAUUUAAAACUGAACGAAGAUAAAUGAGCUCUCUCUAAAUAGAAACAUCGAUAUUCGAGUAAGGACUACUGUGUAUCAAAUGUAGAUAAUUAAUUAAUACUGGAUAACUAACAAUAGGAAUAUAUUUAGUAUAAGAGUUCUAGAAAUGUUUGUAAAGUUGUACAUAGUAGGUAAAUUGUAGAUCUGACAAUAGUCUUCGCGUCUUUUGAGCCAUGACGCGAAAACUAUAAGAGUAUCUGCAUACGUGAGUUUUUUAUCGAAUUGUUUAGUGUUAAAUAUAAUAAUUUAGUAAAUAUUAAAAUAUGUUCUAGUGGUAUUGUUAGUAAAAUAUUGUGGGUUAAUUAAAUUAACUCUUAAUUUUAUAUAGGCAACAUUUGAAGUAAGAUUGUGUUACUACUAGGGUCCAAAGAAAAUUCUUAUUACGAAUGUAGUAUGAAAAGUAAGUAAUUAUGCCAUUAUUAAAUGCAUUUACUGAUUACCGUCUUUAGAUGAUUGUUAAUGUACACAGCACUAUUAUGUAUACCUAUGAGUAGGUGGACUUAAGAGGAAAGGGGACGGCCGUUUCUCGAUACGUAGUCCCCAUUUCCUCUCUGGAUAUUUUAUUAUAUAAAAUGAGGACUACGUUUGUAUGAAAAGCCGAUUUCGCGCGGAUCCUCCACUUUCACCUUGAAUUCAAUUUUGAUAACGUACGAUAAAAGUCAAUGUUUGCAAGUAAUACCGAAUUCACGUUCACAGAUUCAUUAAGGGCCUCCGCUAGCUGACGCCCGCCGCCGCGUGCGCACGCUCGUGGGUCCUGAGGGCCUACCGCGAACCACGUUCGACGUGUUGCCUCUCUGUCGCACUCGUACGUACGAAGUAAGUGUAAGCAACACGUCGAACGUGCUUCGCGGUAGCCCCUCUGCUCCCAGGCAAAAUCCGUCGCACGCGCCCGCGCCAGUUAGCGCUGUUCAUACAAUUUCAUAUUAGACGGGGCGUCCGUUCCGGAUAAUCCGCGUCAGCUAGCGGAGGCCCUAAAAAACUCUUAUUUUAUCCUACGAGUACUUUUGUAAUAUUUACCUAUACUUAUAGUAUAUAAGCGAAAUACUAUUUCUGUUUGACAGUUUAAGCAUUACAGUGUGACUGUACGAUUUGAAAUAUUUUUGUAAUUUUUUUACCUACCUUGUAUGUAAUAUUGUUUUGUAUGAUAGAAAUAUUUAUGUUAUUCGUCUGUUGUACCUAAUGUUCUAUCGACACCAAAUAAACUCUACCAAAUAUACGUGUUCACUGUA